AUGUCCGAAAAAAAUGGUUUCGACGAGUUACGGGUGAAAUAUAAAGAUGUGUUAUCAAAAGCUUUCGCAACAAAUAACAUCGAUCUCUUGGAUUCAUUUUCAAAAAAUGCCAAUGAAACAGAUCGAAAAGCUGCAAUGGACCAAGCAUUUAGAGAUAAGCUUUUGGAAUUACUUAUAGAAGAACCAGAUACGUUGGAAAACUAUGUCUGUUUUUGCAUAGAAUCAUGUAGACGACAAAUGGUAACACCUACUAUGCCAGUAGUUCUUCUUGGCGAUAUAUUUGACGCACUGACUUUAAAUAAAUGCGAGAAGUUAUUUACGUACGUAGAGAAUGGCGUUAAUAUUUGGCGAGAAGAACUGUUUUUCGUAGCUUGGCUAAAUAUUGUUUCUGAAUUCAAUCUAGAAAAUGUAACUGAAUUUGGAGGUGAUAAUACAAGUACUUUAAAAGAUUCUCUAGAUGAAGAGAUGGUUAUUGAUGAUGAUAAAAACAAACUGGCCAUAGACUACAAUUUAUACUGUAGAUUUUGGAGUUUACAAGACUUUUUCCGUAAUCCAAACACAUGUUAUAAUAAACUACAAUGGAAAACAUUUGUUGCUCAUUCUGGGAGUGUUCUAUCAGCAUUCUCAUCUUACAAGUUGGAAGCUGUUGAACUACAGAAAUCUAAGCUGAACAGAUUAAAACCAGUAAAUGCUAAUAUUGAAAUGCAAGAGAAUAAAGAACAACACUAUUUUGCCAAGUUUUUAACAAAUCAAAAACUUUUAGAACUGCAAUUGUCAGAUUCAAAUUUUAGGAGAUGUGUGCUCAUACAGUUCCUGAUUUUGUUCCAGUAUUUGACCUCUACUGUUAAAUUUAAGAUGGAAUCUCAAGAAUUAAAAUCGGAUCAACUAGACUGGGUAAAGGAAACUACAUCACUUAUAUACAAGUUGUUGGGUGAGACACCUCCAGAUGGAAAGCGUUUUGCAGAUUGUGUAAAAAGUAUACUCAAGAGAGAGGAACAUUGGAACAGUUGGAAAAAUGAUGGAUGCCCAGAAUUUAUGAAACCCAAACCACCAGUGCAAGUUGAAUCCACUGAUGAAGUCAGAAAAGCUAAAAAACGUCGGCGACCGGUCGGUGACAUUAUUAAGGAAUAUGAAGGACAAGAAAAAUUCUUCAUGGGAAACAAUGACUUGACAAAGUUGUGGAAUCUCUGCCCAGACAAUCUAGAAGCUUGCCGCACCAAAGAGAGGGACUUCAUGCCCUCCUUAGAGUCGUAUAUGCUGAGUGGGGGUGCGGGGGGUGGCCCGGGGGGUGCGGGGGGUGGCGCAGGGGGUGCGGGCGCGUGGGGCGGCGGCUGGGGGUGGCGCGCGCUGCGGCUGCUGGCGCGACGCUCUCCGCACUUCUUCGUGCACACCAACAACCCUAUCGGCAAACUGCCUGAUUAUUUGGAUGAUAUGGUGAAAAAAAUAAGCCGUGAAGUAGCAGCGAACGCAGCAUCGAGCAACGUCAACGGCGACUCGUCUAGCGGCAGUGACAAAGCCGUCAAACAGGAACAAGUUGAAGAAGAAAUGGCUGAAGAGCAAAUCGAAACGGAUAUUAUUAAAGAAGAAGACACAGCUGAUAUGGAACAGGUACCAGACUCAACUCACGGAGAGGAAGACGACAAGACGUCGCGGUCCCGAGUCACAAUGAUAACUCCAACUCAAUUAGACGCGCUGGCGACAAAAAUGGCCGACUGGAAAAAACUAGCCGCAAAACUCGGCUACAAACCAGAUGAAAUACAGUUCUUUGAAACCGAAAACGCAACGGAUGUAGCUAGGGCAAAGAACAUGCUGCAAUUGUGGUUUGAUGAUGAUGAAGAUGCAUCAGUGGAGAACCUUCUUUAUAUCAUGGAGGGACUGAAGAUGACGGAGGCCUGUGACACACUGCGUAGCGUUAAA